UCUAGUGGACGGUUCUUCAGAAACAGCUCGUCAACCACCUCGGUAGCUUGCUAGCCAACAUAGCCGAAAGAUCCAAGCUAUUUAUUCGCUUUCGGUGUAUAUUAGCUACUGUGUUUUAGACACACUUCUGUCGUAAUCUACUUGUUAACCUAUUUAAUUUAAUAUUACAUUAUUUUGUAUUAGUCAGCUAUAGUAGCUGGCUGGUUAACUUAGCACUAGCCUAAUUGCUAAUGCUAGCUAGCUAACAUCCCCGAACAUGAGCUCACUAAACUACUCGCCUCCUGUUAAAGAAGAGGGGGUCUGCUGGACGGAGGAAGAAGCUCUGGGGCUGAACAUUGUCCUGAAAGAGGAGAAUGUGACAGUAAAACAAGAAGUAGAGGUUGAGGCUAUUACAGUGAAAGAAGAAGAGAAAGACGUUUCAGUGAAAGAAGAGGAAGACGCGUUCAGAGUGAAAAAGGAAGAUGUUACAGUAAAAGAAGAGGAGAAAGAGGAUGCAUGUUUUGGAGUGAAAGAUGAGGAGGGGGAGAUGACUGUCACAUUGAAAGAUGAAGUCGAAGAGGAGGAGAUAGGAUAUAUGAUUAACACCAGAGAGAGACGGGACUAUCAUGGAUCCUCUGGGGAGCCUCAACAACAACAUGAUGCUGACGAGGCAGAGCAGAGUCUCUCCACAUCAGAACACCUCAAGAAACACCAGCAGAGACCCGCUAGGAAGAAAUCUAUUUGCUGCUCUGACUGUGGGAAACGUUGCAAAUCUUCAUCAGAUCUUAAAAUACAUCAACGAGUACACACAGGAGAGAAACCAUACUGCUGCUCUGACUGCGGGAAAAGUUUCUCAAGAUCAAAUUCACUAAAAGUACACCUGAGAAUUCACACUGGAGAGAAAUCUCACCACUGUUUUGAUUGUGGGAAGAGUUACUUAAGAUUAAAAUCACUAAAAGUACACAUGAGAAUUCACACUGGAGAGAAACCUUACAGCUGUGAUCAAUGUGGGAAGAGUUUUACUCUAUCUAGUUAUCUGAUUAUACACCAGAGAACACAUACAGGAGAGAAACCGUACAGCUGUACUCAAUGUGGGAAGAGUUUUACUCAGUCAAGCAACCUGUUAUCACACCAGAGAAAACACACAGGGGAGAAAUCUUAUAGCUGUACUCAAUGUGGGAAGAGUUUUACUCAGUCAAGCACCCUGUUAUCACACCAGAGAACACACACAGGAGAUAAACCUUAUUGCUGUGAUCAAUGUGGGAAGAGUUUUACUACAUCUAGCCAUCGGAUUGUACACCAGAGAACACACACAGGAGAGAAACCUUAUAGCUGUACUCAAUGUGGGAAGUGUUUUACUCACCUAUGCAGCCUGUUAUCACAUCAGAGAAAACACACAGGAGAGAAAUCGUAUAGCUGUACUCAAUGUGGGAAGAGUUUUACUCAGUCAAGCAACCUGGUAUCCCACCAGAGAACACACACAGGAGAGAAACCUUAUAGCUGUGAUCAAUGUGGGAAGAGUUUUACUUCAUCUAGCAGUCUUAUUGUACACCAGAGAACACACACAGGAGAGAAACCUUAUAGCUGUGAUCAAUGUGAGAAGAGUUUUGUUACAUCUAGCCGUCUUAUUGUACACCAGAGAACACACACAGGAGAGAAACCUCAUAGCUGUGCGCAAUGUGACAGAAGAUACUCUGAUAAAAGAUCUCUGAUCAAACAUCAGAAAAUACAUACAUGAAGGAGUUGUUUCAUGAUAUUAAUGAAAUAAUGUCACAAUGUAGAAAGCUUUAACAUUGUAGAAGAAUAGUUUUAAUUAUGUCACAAUCUAGAUUCCUAAUCGUUUGCCCCGUGUUCUAUUGAUUUCAGCCUGAUAUGGAUAUUAGGCUCAGGGGGAAAAUCCAGGCUCUGAUUUGAAAGAGUACUAUUUAUGUGAUUUAACAAAAAGUGACUGACACAAAAAGAGCUGUGUAACACUUACCAUGUUGGUGACCCACUUGAAUCAAAAUGCAACACUUCAAAAUGUAGAGAUCUGUUUUCUACAAAUUGUACUCUAACCAGGGAUGUACACAUUACUCCUAGAUUCCGUGUGGUUUUUGAGAUGUUAGUUUUAACAGGACGUGCAACCUUAUCUCCCAACUCUCACGCAAUUGAUUUCAACAUGAUAUUGAUGAGUGAUGAAAAAUAAGUGUUGCGUUCCUUUGUUUAGCGACCCCUACAUUUAAAUGCAUCACUCCAAAAUGUAGCUGACUGUCUUCUGCAGGUUGUCCUCUAACCAGUGAGGUAAAAGAUAUCUCCCAUUUCCAUGUUUUUUUUUAGCUGUGUUAGUUUCAACAUCACGUACAACCUACUUUCCCCCCUAAUCGAUUUCAGUGAUUUAUUGCUACUUGUCAAAACAACAGCGUUUCUGGUGAUAUGUAAGUAAUAUGAUUGUUGCAGAUUUUUGUAUUAAGUGAAUUAUUGCCAAUACAUAUUAAUGUACAUUUGGUUUUGAUAUUUCAUAUUUACAAUUCAUGUAACAUUUAGUAAUCUUAACUAUCAUAAUUAUUUAUGCAACCAGCUGACCAUUUUUGGGUACAAAUAUAUUGACAUUGUUGCCCUGCUUUUAGAAUAUCAGGGUUCAUUCUCAGAUGUGCCAACCCAAAUGUACUAGAGCAUGACAUUGGGGACUGGUCCCCGAUCCAACAACAUGCCUAUCAAGUGGAACCCUGAAAAGAGAGAGAGGCUCCGCAGUGAGGUGGAAAAUUACUACGGAUAUUGCCGGAGUUUCCUCUUGAAAUCAGACAUGUUCGUUUUAAGGAAAACUUGCUGAUUGUCUCACGGGUGGACACUCAAAAUGUUUGUGUUUUGCGUUUAGCCAGUGCGUUACCAUGGAUCACAGUAUAUUUUGACUGCACAUUUUUCCGUAUUGGAGAUGAGUGUUGUUUGGUUCUAGAAGCUAGUGAGUUCUAGAAGCUAGUGGGGGAAAAACAUUUUUUUAAUUGUUGACAGCCAGUCGACAUCAUGUUCAUAUUGUCGAAGGUGAAGCAUUGUGGUUGAUUAUAAUUUCAAAAUGAGUUUUAGGAUUCUAGAAAGAAAAAGGAGAGAACUAAUAUGAAUGUAUAUUAUUAUUUAGAUAUGUUUUUUCUUGUUUUUUAGUUGUUGACAGCCAGUAGACACCAUGUUUAUAUUGGUGAAGAUGAAGCAUUUUAGUUGAUAUUGAUAUGAAAUGGAUGUUGUUUUCUGUUGGUGAUGAGAACCUGCCCAACAAAAAUAUAGGAUAUAUUUGUUGUCUUAAGGGGGAAGGUGUUACAGGCUUUGGUUUUUCCAUUCAUGUUUUGAGGUUGGACUUUAGCUCGUUAGUACUGUGAGGGAAUUUUCUGUUAAACCUUACUAAUGCUUGUGUAGUAAAAUAUAAUUCUUUAAGCCAAGGCAUUGGGCUUGAGAUUGGUAAAGAACCUAACUCCUAUAACAUAGAAAAGUGUGUUGAUAGAGGCCUGUUCUAACUCAAAUCAAAUUGUAUUUAUGUAGCCCUUCUUACAUAGCAAAGUGCUGUACAGAAACCCAGCCUAAAACCCGAAACAGCAAGCAAUACAGGUGUAGAAGCACGGUAGCUAGGAAAAACU